GUACAGCAGUGAAUCCAACCCCAGCCAGCAGGACCUAACCACUACCCCCCAUAUGUUCUGUUUCAACAAGUAUCUCACCAUCUCUUUCAAAAUACCCAAAUUCCUGCUUGGCACUCUUUAAAACCCUAAACAAAACAAGCCAUUAUUUUUUUUAAGAAGCAAGCUUCAAUCUUUUUCACAAGUCCUCCUACAGCAACGUCAACGAUAAAUUCACGAAUCCCUGCAGAUUCUUGCAAAAAAAGAUGCCACCUUUUGUGUUAUCGAAGAAUCUUGAAAACACCCACAAACCAAAUAUAGUCACAAUUGAUGUGGGUGGUCAACUGUUUCAAACCACUGCACAAACCCUAACCCUAGCUGGCUCAAACAAUUUUUUCUCAAAUCUCUUCAAUUCUUCUCAGCAAAACAACGUCAAUCUCAACGGUAUCCAAUCGCGCCAUGAGCAGGGUAUGAACCAGAACAGUCUUCCUUUUAUUGAUAGAGACCCUGAAUUGUUUUCAAUUAUUUUAUCUCUUUUAAGAACUGGGAGUUUGCCAUCAAAAGCUAAAGCCUUUGAAAUUCAAGAUAUUGUUUUUGAAGCAAAGUUUUAUGGAGUUGAACAUCUUCUUGUUCAGUCUCAAUCAAACCCAUCUCAAUUUGAGCCCUUUGACCUUGAAAAGUCAACGCUUUUGCCUCUAAGUGGCAGAGACUCGCCUUCUGCAAUUGCUGCAACACCAUAUGGGUCAGUUCAUGUUUCUCAUGGUAGCAAGAUUACAUCUUUUGAUUGGUCUUUACAAAGAAAGUCAACCAUUUUGACCCAGUUUACAGCUAUUGAUUCUUUGUUAUCUUUAUCAUCAAAUGUUGUUGCAGCUGGUGCUACUGACUUUUCUGGGUUGCAAAUUAUUGAUCUUGAAAUGGGGUUUGUUAAAAAGACUUUGAAUUGGGAAAAUGUGACUAAAUCUGGUUCAACUGUUCAAGCAAUUGGGACUUCCCCUGAUUUCUUGUUUACUAGUUUUGAGUCGGGUCGUAGGAACUCGAAUACGAUAUUGGUUUAUGAUAUCAACGAUAGCUUUAAAGUUGUAACAGAAAUUGGGCAUAAUGAAAUCUUUGGUGCUGAUCUUGAUUCCGCAAUUCCAUCCACGAAGUUAAAUUGGAUUCCAAGUCUUAACCUUUUAAUGGCUUCAGGGUCUCAUAGUGGACCAUCUGGGAUUUCUGGAAACAUUAAGUUUUGGGAUUUAAGGUCUGGGAAUCUUGUUUCGGAAAUUAAAGAAAAAGUGGAUUGCUUUUCGGAUAUCACAGUUUCUGAUACCCUUUCGGCUGUUUUCAAGAUAGGGAUGAACUCAGGGGAGGUUUCUUACAUGGAUUUCAGGAACAUUUCGUCUAAUGAAUCUUGGAAUUGUCUCGGUGAUUCAAGAAAGUUGAUAAAUGUGAAGAAAGAAGGGUUUGGUUGCAAGAUUGAAUCCCAUGGGAAUCAAGUUUUCUGUAGUAAAGAAGGUGAACUGGAGCUGUGGUCUGAAGUCUUGAUGAGUUCAUCGACAGCGGGUAAAAGUGUGAAUGAGGAUAGAGUCUUUAAGAAGAACAUUUUGGGGAGGUCGAAAGAUGUUGGAGGCAACAGGAUCACGAAUGUAGGGUUUGGUGGAAACAAAAUGUUCGUUACAAGGAAAGAUCAGCAAUUCGUUGAGGUCUGGCAAAGUUCUGUAAGAAGACUUUGAUCUUUUGCUUUUUAUUCCCACAUAGCUAUUGAUUGUUUCUUUGUGUACAUUGUUGAUUUUCACUGUAAUGUGUAGCAUAAGGUGUUAGAUA